AUAAAUAUUUACUAAGGGAGAAGCAUCCAGAUCAGUAUAAAUGAUUCCUGCCAUCAUAUAUAUGUGAGGCCAGCUGUGCAUCACAUUGAAUCAGGACAGGACACAGAAUGCAGAUCUUCCUCCUGGUGACCCUGGUGGCCGGAGUGCUGAGGCAGAGCCAAUGCUGCAAUCCCAAUCCGAAAGGCAUUAAUUUAGCCAGGGGUGGACAGGCCACUCAGAGCUCUCUCUAUGAUUAUCGCAUAAAGGGUUACGCCACAAAUGCCAUUGAUGGCAAUAGAGAUGGGGAUUUUAACAAAGUAUCAUGCACUCACACCGAACUUGAGAAGAAUCCCUGGUGGAAUCUAGAUCUCAGGAAAAGCUAUAAGAUUGGAACCAUUAUAGUGGCAAAUCGGCAGGAAUGCUGCGCUGACCGCCUUGUGGGGGCCGAGGUCCGUGUUGGGAACUCUCCAAACAACAACAAUCCUGUCUGUGGCGUCAUCACCAGGACCGGUCACAUCACCACGCUCUGCUGUAACGGGAUGGAAGGUCGCUACGUCAGCGUAGUCAUUCCUGGUGCACAUAAGUUCCUGCACGUGUGCGAGGUACGGAACUAUGGGGAAGUUAAUUUAGCCAGAAAUGGACUGGCCACACAGAGCUCUCUCUAUGACAUUCGCAUAAAGGGUUACCCCGAGAAAGCCAUUGAUGGCAAUAAAGAUGGGAAUUUUUUCCAUGGCGCAUGCUCUCACACAAGCAAUGAGACCAAUCCAUGGUGGAAACUUGACCUCAAAACAAGCUAUAAAAUUAAUACAAUUGUUGUAGCCAAUCGGAGAGACUGCUGCGCUGACCGGAUUGUUGGAGCUGAGGUCCGUGUUGGAAACUCUCCAGAUAACAACAAUCCAGACUGUGGCGUCAUCACCGGGACUGGUCCUAUCACCACGCUCUGCUGUAACGGGAUGGAAGGUCGCUACGUCAGCGUCGUCAUUCUUGGUACUCAGUACCUCACCCUGUGCGAGGUGGAGGUCUAUGGACACGAGCUGGAGUCACUGCCCAAUCACGUCUGCUUGUAG